UCAGUUGGAAUGAGCCAGGCCCAAAGAUUUACCUUUGGAGGAGAGAGAUGAAGUUCUGUGGCAAAGGAACAAAGCCCGUACACGUGAUGCUGUGUUCCGAUGGCAAAGUGAAGAUGACCUCAGUGCUCUCCAUAAGUCAUCCCUGAGAGUUACGUUCCAGUCCCUUGGGCUCACACUGUCCGCAGAAGUUCUGGAAACAGCGUAUCUUAAUGAUAACACCUGCCCCCUUGGGUUGAAUUGACCGGAACAUCUAGAAUGGGAGGAAAGUGUGCAAGUUACAUCCGUAGAGUAGUUUUGUGAUUUUGGUUUCUUUCUUUGCUUCCUUUUGUUUUGUUUUGCUUCCUGUUUUUGUAUGGACAUGAUUCAUCCCCCCAACCCAUGGAGAAAUAGUAACUUUUCCUCUGUAUCUUUGUGUUCUCGGAAUUUGGUUGCGUAGCCCAUUGCUUACAGAAUAGAAGACACUGAGCUUAAAGCCUAUCUAUAAGAUGGUUCUGACCCUGUUUAAAAGGUUUUCUUUAGAGCCUUUUAAAGACGUCUUUAAGGUUCCCUGAGUCCAGCCAAAUCAUCUCCUGAACUCACUUCUCAUUGCCCUUCCCAUCCCAUUUCUGGUCUCCAUGGUUCCAGAUCUGUCUCCCUGUGGCUUCUGGACAGUUCAGCAAACAUCAGGUACCUGUCGUGCCCCUGGCACUGUUCUGGGGGCUGGAGACGCAGAAGCGAACUGACAGAGAAAACCAUACUCAUGGAUAGUUGUGUCUCUUGGGGUCAGAGAAGACAAGCCAAGUAAGUCUUCUGCAUGGAAGCCCUACAGACACUUGAAGACUGAACUCCCGGUCCUCCAGGUCUUCACUUCCAGCUCGUGCUCCCAGUUUACCAGUGAAAUACAGCUCAGGUCCUUUCGCCACAGGGACUGGUUAUCUUUCGAUGCAUUCUACUUUUGAUUGAUAGCGAAUUGAUUUUUAAUAGAUUGAUUUUUUUUUUUUUGGAAGAUUUUUGUUGUGGUUAUAAAGGCAAUAUGCACUCGGAGAUGUUUUGGAAACUACAGAUAAGAAUAAAACAGGAAAUCACCUGUCAUCCCAUUACCCUUUGUUAAAAUAUUGGUCUAUUUCCUUUUAGUCUUUUCUAACUUGUAUUUGUCAUUUUGUGUCCUUUUUUUUUCUACUUAUCAUUGGCAUUUUUGCACUCAUUAUAUUCAUAGAAAUCAUUCAAGUGGUUACAUAAUUUUCCAGACCAAUUUUUAUCUUUUUUUUUUUUUUUUUAAAGUAGAACCUCUGUGCCCAGCGUGGGGCCGGUACUCAGGACCCCGAGAUCAAGAGUCUCCUGCUCUACUGACUGAGCCAGCCAUGCGCCCCUCCAGACAGACUUUCAAAGGCCUGCAGCUGAACCAGAAGGCGCUCACCACUUUCCCCGAUGUGGUGCUCGUGCGGGUGCCCACCCCCUCGGUGCAGUCGGACAGUGACAUCACAGUCCUGCGCCACCUGGAGAAGCUGGGCUGCCGCCUGGUCAACCGCCCACAGAGCAUUUUGAACUGCGUCAACAAGUUCUGGACGUUCCAGGAGCUGGCUGGCCACGGGGUUCCCAUGCCGGACACCUUCUCGUACGGUGGGCAUGAAGACUUUUCAAAGAUGAUCGAUGAAGCUGAGCCCCUGGGUUACCCGGUCGUGGUGAAGAGCACUCGAGGACACCGGGGAAAAGCUGUUUUUCUUGCCAGAGAUAAACAUCACCUCUCGGACAUCUGCCAUCUGAUCCGCCAUGACGUGCCCUACCUGUUCCAGAAGUAUGUGAAGGAGUCACACGGCAAAGACAUCCGGGUGGUGGUGGUAGGGGGCCGGGUGAUAGGCUCCAUGCUUCGCUGCUCCACUGAUGGACGUAUGCAGAGCAACUGCUCUCUCGGUGGUGUGGGUGUCAUGUGCCCGCUGACAGAGCAAGGCAAGCAGCUGGCUAUUCAGGUGUCCAACAUCCUGGGCAUGGACUUCUGUGGCAUCGAUCUCCUCAUCAUGGACGACGGCUCCUUUGUGGUGUGUGAGGCGAACGCCAACGUCGGCUUCCUAGCCUUCGACCAGGCGUGCAAUUUAGAUGUGGGUGGCAUCAUCGCAGACUACACCAUGUCCUUGCUGCCCAAUAGGCAGACUGGCAAGAUGGCCGUCCUCCCGGGACUGUCCAGUCCCAGGGAGAAGAAAGAACCAGAUGGCUGCGCUUCAGCUCAGGGAGUUGCAGAGAGCGUCUACGCCAUCAACAAUGGGUCUACCUCUAGUGAGAGUGAGCCUGAACUGGGAGAGAUCCGGGAUUCCUCAGUGAGCACAACGGGGGCCCCGCCCCCCAUGCUGCCCGAAGCCGGCUACAACAUUAACAACAGGAUUGCUUCCGAAUUAAAACUUAAGUGAAUUCCUGCUUUUUUGGCAGCAUUUAAACCAAAUCCUACUGCUUCCCUAUAGUUUUGAGUGAAUAAAAUCUGGACUAAUGUGAUUUCAUUUGCACAGAAACUAGAAAAUCCAUCUGGGCACUCAGCAUUCUUUCUAAGGAUGAUUUAAGCAAACGGCUUAGCUUUGUGGUUUUUACAGAGACUAAUACAGAAACACUCACCAAGAGCAACAUCCUGAGCGGUCGGCUGGAGACCGGGGUCUGCCGCGAGCACUGGGAUGCUACGGCUGCCUCUGAAGGCGCUGACUGUGCUGCUGCCUCUGGCUGUUACCAGCAGAGCCCAGGAACUCAGAACGGGUCCCGGAAGCGCUGCACUCAGGAGCCACCACCCGGUGGAGGGGGGCUGCGGAAGAGACGCAACGCGACUGCACUAACGAGCUCUUCACCAAGUGUGUGUGUGUGUGUGAUGCUUGAAGGAUACGCAGUUCAGUCUCUCUGCUCCCCGUCAAAUCACCAUCUUGGCCAUAUUUCUCUGACACUCAGGAUAUGGUGUUUUAGGGAGCUUCCUCAUUAGCAUUUUCGAUGAAGCACUUUGUAGAAAGUUUGAGAGCGAGCGUUAUCUGACAUCACCGGUUGGCAGAUCUGCUGCGGAACUGGGGCUUUCUACAAAUUGCUUUGCCACGCCGAACUUACAGACCCUGCUUCAACUAAUGCCAGCCCCAGCAGCCUCUUGCACCUUUGCUGCCUUUGGCCUCAGCUGGAAAUGCACUUCAAUGAGCUAGUGGCCACACACUUUAUUUCUUACGCGUGCACUAGAAUCGAAUGCCAUGAACUUUCUUGUCAGUGGACUCUGUUCAUUUGUCAUCCAGAAGCCGGUGGGUUUUUAAUCACAGAAAGCUACUGGAAGAUAAUCAUUUCCUCUUCUCUCCUAAACUUUGCGUACUGCUUAGCUCUAGAAGGUUUCCUUGAAUGCAUUGGUGUAGUGGGCUUGUUGGGUAGAUAGAGCCAUUGGAAACACAUUCUAAUCGCCUUGACAUUCUAGUCCUGGCCAAGUUCCCGAGACCUGUCUUUCCCCACUUUUUCCAAACUGGGGAGACUCGGGAAUUACUCACUGCACCUUCAGCGGGAGGGCGGUGGAUAAUGUAGGCGGGACACCAAGUGCUUUUCAUUUUAACUGUUUAAGCAGUAGAUAAUGAUCCUUCCCUUGGGUGACAUCGUGGAGAUGGAGUUUUCCAUUUCUGCCUAUGUGAAGUAUGAGAAUGAGCAAGACUCCCUUUUCAACCAAAUACACUAAAAUGUAAGCACUCGAGUUACCAUAA